UCACACUGAUUUACUGCACACCUUCUGGCUGAAAAGUGCGUGAUUUAAUAUUUCGAGUUGCAAGAACACAAAGAUUUCUUAAUUUACUGCCAUAUACUACCUACAAUUAAAACCACAGCAUGUCUGAUGGAGAUUUGGAUGCCUUACGUGCCCAGCGCAUGGCCCAAAUGCAGUCGCAAUUUGGCGGCGGCGGUGGCAAUGAUGCGGAAAAACAAAAAGCCCAGCAGGAGCAGAUGCGCGCACAGGAAGAGAUGAAGCAUUCGAUAUUAUCUCAAGUUCUGGAUCAGCAGGCCAGAGCACGACUGAACACCCUCAAAGUAAGCAAGCCUGAGAAGGCGCAAAUGUUCGAGAACAUGGUCAUCCGUAUGGCUCAAAUGGGUCAGGUGCGCGGAAAACUCGACGACGCCCAAUUUGUGAGCAUCCUUGAAAGCGUCAAUGCUCAGAUGCCACAGAGCAAGUCCUCCGUAAAGUAUGAUCGGCGUCGAGCGGCCAUUGACAGCGAUGAUGACGAGGAUUACGGCUGCUGAUCCGGCCAAAGUUUCCCGCCCAAGUCCUUAUUUAAGUUUUCUCCCGCUCUUUGCAUCCGCUAAAUCAUGUUUAUUACUUUUACUAACUUAAAACGAAAAAAAAAGAACCAAACUCA